GAUUCCGUCUCUCUCGCUGAAGCGCUGCCGUUUCGUCCGUGCACUGUCACAGCGCUAGAAGCGAGAGCCUAUGUACUUUAUAUGAAAAUCCUGUCGUGUGUGUAGUUUUUUAUUCCGGAGUUUAUUGUGGUGUCUCUCUUUUGCGGCGGGUAUCCUUGCGAGAUUUUUUUUGCGGGCACAAGCAGUGGUCGAUUGUCUACGAAUCGUGGGUGUCUUUCGAGUGCAUCGUCAACGUCGAGAGAGAGCUUGAGGACUGCUGCUGCUGCUACCUUGCCACAGGAAGUGUCAAGCAGGAGAAGGUUUUUCCUUCGCCUAUAUAUCGAACGCAGUACACGUCGGUGUUCGCUCCUUCUCUCUCUGUCUCACACGCUAGCUCGCUCGCUCUCCGAUCAACAACCAAAUACACCCUGUGUACUCGCCCCCGCACAUAUAUACCAAAGACACAGUGCCAGUUUGUGAGUGUGUGUGUGCGCGCGCGUUGUUUAAUAAAGAAUGGAAAUUGUAACACGUAAUUGUGCUAGGGCAAAGUUGAACUCUCGCCUCGUCUGAGAUAUAUAUCAUUAUCCCGUUCCGUGGCUGCUACGUACUGCUGCUGUUGGGGCUGUGCGACUCGUACUCCACCACCAAAAGGGUUUAUAAAUCAGAUUAUCAUCAAGUAUGAAUUACAAUGACAAGAUUCAAAAGGUCUUAUGACAAUUGACGAGAGCUGCUGCGGAAAAAAAAAUCUAAAAGCCUUAGAGUUGUAAGAGCUGCCAUACAUUGAUUCGUGACGAACAGGUGUAUGAUAAAACUGCAAAAAUUAAUUUGUUAAAAAUGGGAUGUGCUAUGUCAGCGGAAGAGCGGGCUGCUUUAGCUCGCAGUAAGCAGAUAGAAAAGAACCUGAAGGAAGAUGGGAUUCAGGCAGCUAAGGAUAUUAAACUCCUUUUACUGGGUGCCGGAGAGUCUGGAAAGAGUACCAUCGUAAAGCAAAUGAAAAUUAUUCAUGAGAGUGGAUUUACACCAGAAGAUUUUAAGCAAUAUAGGCCUGUAGUUUACAGUAACACAAUUCAAUCAUUAGUAGCUAUUUUAAGAGCCAUGCCAACUCUCGGCAUUACAUUUACAUCUUCUGAAAGAGAGGUCGAUGCUAAAAUGGUGUACGACGUCAUCCAAAGAAUGGAGGACACGGAGCCCUUCAGCGAAGAAUUACUGGUCGCCAUGAAGAGACUCUGGCUGGAUUCCGGCGUACAGGACUGCUUCGGCCGAAGUAACGAGUAUCAGUUGAACGACUCCGCGAAGUAUUUCUUAGACGAUUUAGACCGCUUGGGCGGUAAGGAUUAUCAGCCCACGGAGCAGGAUAUUCUUCGAACCCGUGUCAAGACAACGGGGAUCGUCGAAGUACAUUUCUCCUUCAAAAAUCUUAAUUUUAAGUUAUUUGACGUCGGAGGUCAAAGAAGCGAGCGAAAGAAGUGGAUCCAUUGCUUCGAAGACGUUACCGCUAUAAUAUUCUGCGUGGCGAUGUCCGAGUACGAUCAAGUGCUCCACGAGGAUGAGACCACGAACCGUAUGCAAGAGAGUCUCAAGCUGUUCGACUCCAUUUGCAACAAUAAAUGGUUUACCGAUACUUCGAUCAUUCUCUUCUUGAACAAGAAAGACUUGUUUGAAGAAAAAAUAAGAAAAUCUCCUCUUACAAUUUGCUUUCCGGAAUACGCAGGUGCCCAAGAGUAUGGGGAAGCUGCAGCAUAUAUACAGGCCCAAUUCGAAGCUAAAAACAAAUCUACAACCAAAGAGAUUUACUGCCAUAUGACUUGUGCUACAGAUACCAAUAACAUUCAGUUUGUAUUCGAUGCUGUCACGGAUGUUAUAAUUGCAAAUAAUUUGCGUGGCUGUGGACUAUAUUAAAGUAAUACAUCAUUUCUGCUUGAGUAGUUGAUUUGUGUAACCAUUUUUCAUAACCUGAAACAUCUAAUAAAGUAUAUAAUCUCGAAUUUAUUAUCUAAAGUAAUAAAUGUAUAACGUUUA